AUGGCCUCACUCGCUGCUGCUNNCCCCCCUAACACGCAUGCUGGUGGAGACGAUGAAGCUCUAAGAACACAUGGAACGAUACCAAUGAACGACCCACCUGUCUACGCCGAUGAGAGAGUGAACAUGGAAGAAUACAAGAAGUCUGUGCCCUGGUGGAAGAGGGUAUACCAAGACAGUUUCACUCAGAUGAUGCUUCUUUCCAUGCAAAGUUUUUGUGGUCCCGCCAUGGCAGAUGCAAUUGCUGGUUGGUCUACUUCCAUGCCUGUCUUUCUACACACAACUGACAAUUCAUANGGUCUUGGUGGUGGUGGCCUUGCCUCAGCACAAACAAACAACAUCGCCAACGCCAUCAACUACGUUAUGCUCGCACUGGUCUGCUUUCUCGGCGGACCUCUUGUGAACAAGCUCGGUGUCAAGUGGUCUUUGGUCAUUGGCGCCAUGUCUUUCCCAAUUCAAGAGAGCGGGACUAUUAUGAGCCUUGCGCCAUCCGGCGCCCGUGGAAAAUAUCUGGCAUUCUGGAUUGUCGCUCGUAACCUUGGACAACUGGUCGGAGGCGCUAUCAACCUGUCCAAGAACCAUGUCAAGGGUGCUGAAACUGGUGUUACNCCCGACACUUACAUUGCUUUCUUGAUCAUCGAGUGUCUUGCGUAA